GCUCAUCCCCCAAGCAUCAAAACACUACAACUCUCGCAGCAACAAUUCCUGUCUACUCCCAUGGAGGUCAGUGGGCUGGUAGCUGGGAUGAAGGAGGGUGCAGCUCACGUGAUCUCUACCUCAAGUUUGAAUUCUGAAAAUGCCCCAUCCCAAAAUAACAAAGGUAAAACAGUCGUACUCCAUUCCCUUAGGAAGCUGACAGAUUCCUUUAGGGGGGUGGCAGGUUCUUUUCCUGUUGAUAAGACAGGUGCUUUUUUGCCUUCUGCCCAAAAUGAGGGAAAAGCUGAUGGAAGGAAAUGGCCAACCCAAAAGCCAAAAUGGAGACAAAUAGUCCAACCUGGCAAUCAGGCUAACCCAUCCUCAAAGGAACAUGAAAUUUCCAGAAGCCACGUGAAAUUGAAAUACUGCAAACCAGCUAAAGAUGGAGACGAAAUAUUUGUAUCUCCUCCAAACGAAGUAGCUCAAAAGGGUUAUAGCAACUGGGAACAUUGCUUGGUUAGCUAUUUUGUAGAGAAAAAACUGCCUUAUUCUGUGGUCAAUGCCAUAGUUCACAAGAUAUGCGGUCAAAUGGGGCUCAUGGAGGUAUUAGCCAAUGAUAAGGGCUUUUAUUUCUUCAGAUCCUCCAAUGAAGAAUAG